AUGGUAGAGGAGAUUCAUCAUCACACAUUUAAAGUAGUAGAACAACCAACAAACCCUGUUAUUUCUUUGUUAUUUUCAAUUUUUGUUAUUAGUGCAUUUGUAUUCUUAUUAAUUUCCUUAAUAAGAACAAUUCAAUUUAAAAAACUCCAUUUUGGAUUCUUUGGAUUUUUAUUUAUUAUUGUAUUAUCUGCAACAUUCGUAUUUAUCGCGUAUUUCUGGUUCUUCUUAACACUACUUGAGGCGGUAGGUCUCUUCCUUUUGAUCGCACCAGUAACUUGUCUUUUUGCCUUUUGUGCUGCGAAGGCUUCUCUUUAA